AUGUCUGUGACCAAACUCUCCUUUUAUUCAAGAACCCUCCCCAGACCCACCCUCUGGACUGAGCCAGGCUCUUUGGUUCCUUUGGGGAGCCCUGUGACCUUCUGGUGUCUGGGGAUUGCCAAGUUCUCUGUCCCCUCCAUGACAGAAGCCUAUGCAGGGACUUACCGCUGUUAUUAUCUCAGCCCUGCCAGCUGGUCAGAGUACAGUGACCCCCUGGAGCUGGUGGUCACAGGAAGCUGUAGCAAACCAUCCCUUUCAGUCCUUUCAAGCCCUAUUCCAAGCCCCUUGAUGUCCCCAGGAGACAAUGUGACACUGUUGUGUCUGUCCAGAGGCUGGAGGGACACUUUCCUGCUGGCCAAGGAGGGGGCAGUCAACCCCCCACUUCGUGCCAAAAUGAAUAUUACAGAGGAGAUAAUCAAGGCCAAGUUCUCCUUCCACCCUGUGACCUCAGCACACAAUGGCACCUACAGCUGCUACAGCUCCAACAGCUUCAGCCCCUACAGGUUGUCACACCCUAGUGCCCCCCUGCAUCUCUGGGUUUCAGGACCCUCUGGAGAUAGCAAGACAAUAACCACGGCUAAUACGGCCACCAGAGACUACACAAUGGAGAAUCUCAUCAGGUUGGUCAUGGCUGGCUUCAUCCUGUUGGUCUUCGGGAUUCUGUUGUUGGAAGCUUGGCUCAGUCAGAGGAGACACUGA